AUGACUACACACCCGAUUGGAUGGGCCAUAAUCCCACUUACAUUUACAUCUAAUAUAAAAGAUAAUAUCCGUCUUAAUAACGAAAAAUCUAUUACAAUACCAACCGAAGUACUCAUAGAAAAAUAUACUCCUAAAAUGCCUAAUUAUAUAUUACUUGGUAAUAAUUGGUUUUAUGGCCGAAAAUAUGAUGAUGAUGAGCUCCAAAUAUACAUACCUGAAAUUGUGACCGACACAGAAGAUGCCUGGGUAAGAACUACAUUGCGUAUCAAAGAUCUUAAUGCCAAGAAAGGGGGGAGGGUUAUAGUAUCCGUCGAUAAAAGAGAUAUUCAUGAUUUAUACAAAUCACUUCCUGGGAAAUCGAAAGAUUCGGGCAUUUCUAAUUCGGAUACUUCUUCCAAUUCAGAUACUUCGGACAGCGAUUCAAGUAAUUUUUCCACAUCUAGUUCAGAAAUAGAAGUUACACAUGCGCAUAAGACUAGAGCAGUAAAGAAACGCCCUAUUCUCAAGCGUAAA